GACACCAGUCUUGUGACUGUUGUCUAGAUUUGGUGAAACCUCUUCCCAGAAGCUAGAAGGUACCUUGUACGACAGAUUUGUCAUUUGAAUGACCGUUCUUAAAAUUAUAAAUCGACACGAGGCGAAUUCGGGCCAGUUUUUCGUCUCGGAAAUGUUUUUUCUGAUUGGAAAACACAUAAUUUAAGGCUGGCUUUAACCGGUAUAUAAUGUAUACCCUCCUUUCUGGCUUUUACAAAUACCUCGUACAAAAAGAUGAAUAUUGUGUACUUAUUCUUGGCCUCGACAAUGCCGGAAAAACGACUUAUCUCGAGGCUGCAAAAACAAAGAUAACGAAAAAUUACAAGGGCAUGAACCCUAGCAAAAUAACAACCACUGUCGGCUUGAAUAUUGGCAAAAUAGACAUUGGAGGGAUUAGAUUGAAUUUCUGGGAUCUGGGUGGACAGGAAGAACUCCAGUCACUCUGGGAUAAGUACUACGCUGAAUCCCAUGCUAUUAUUUACAUCGUAGACUCUAAUGAUAGAGAAAGAAUUAAUGAGUCCAGAGAAACAUUUGAAAAAAUGAUCUCAUGCGAAAACUUAAUCGGGGUUCCGUUGCUCGUCCUCGCGAACAAACAAGACAUUCCUGAUUGCAUGGGUGUACGUGAGGUGAAGCCUAUAUUUAAGAAAAAUACCAAUCUCAUAGGGAGUAGGGAAAUUAUGGUAAUGGCCGUUUCUGCACUUAAUGGGGAAGGAGUGAAUGAAGGCAUUACAUGGCUUGUCGAUUGUAUAAAAAGGAACGGCCAUAAAAGACCUCCAAGAAAUGAGAAUGAAAUGUGAAAAUACUUUUUAUAUUGUACAUUUUCACUUUUGGGAGAAAGGGAAAAAAUAAAAUCAUUAUAUAUAUUUUUUUAAUGUAAAUAAUUCUUUUUUAAAUAUAUUUUUGUUGUGUAUUUGUAUAUUCUCUUUUAUCUAUAUACAUUCCAUACAUGCAUACAGUCCGCAUUGUACAAUAAUAUAUUAAUUUAAUUAAUUUUCUUUUUUUUUGGAAUGUAACAUUUCAAAUAAGGUAAAAAAAAAUUGAUCUGCAUUAAAAAUAGUCUUCAAAUUUUCAUUAGAGCAUAAAUUUAUGUACAAAUAUGUUCCAAGUACUAUUGUAUUUGCUUGCCUGCAUUCAGUCAAUCUUCUGUAGACUUUUAACAUGAGGUUCGCUUAAAUCUUUGUUGCGAUAAAUUAAAAUGAUAUUUAACAGUAUAAAAUCUUGAUGACUGAUAAUAUUAUUUAGAACCUCUUCUAUCCAAGUUAUGUACAUCAUAUUGUAAUCUACGUUAUGGAUGGAAAUUAUUCAAAAAGUCAAUAACAUUUAGAAUUAAAUGAUACGUGCGAGACAAAUUAAAUAUGGUGUUUGAACGAAUUAACAGUGUAGGUUUUAAAACAAAGACUUGUUUAUUCCUAGGUUGAUCAGUGAUCAAAAAUGCAUAAAUCAUGAUUAAGUACUAAGCCGUUUUCUAAAUUAAAAAAAAUUAAAGUUAGUCAAAACAAAAAAAUUAUUUUUUUGAUUUGCAUUUGUGUAGAAAAUGUAGUGUUAAAAUUAUAAAUAAUGCAAAUUAGUCAAAACAAAAAAGCCUUGUUAAAAUAAAACUAAAAAAUUAAAAGUUUUUUAAAUACUGAAAAAACAACUAAAAUUUACACAAAUCAAAAAUUUUAUCUUUGCAUUAUAUUUGUAGGUUUUACACGUGUUUUAAUUAGAAGUAGUGCAAAUUAGUUGAAACUAAAAAAAAAAA